GGUCUGUCCACGGGUUGACUUGACCUCGCAUGCAGCUUCUUGGAAGCCUUCAAGCUUCCUUUUCAUCCAUUUCGCUCUCUCCUCUCCUCUGUUUAGCAAUCAAUGCAAAAUCAUAAAAAGUUGGUGAUGUGAUGCUCUCCAAAUUGAGAAGGCUCUGUCCAUCUGCAGUUCCAGGUAGCAUCUUCCAAUUGCCAUAAGGAUUUCUUUCUGUGUACAUUCCCUGUGUUUCUCCAAUUCUAUCUCUCUGAACCCAUCUUCCCUUCUUCUUAGGAAUUUAAUCCUAUCAAUAAAAUAUAAAUCGAAUGGUCGUUCUGUUCAUGUGUCUUGCUCUAUUUGUCAAUGAACCCAUGUGGAAUUAGGGCUCAUAGUUGGUUAGCUUCAUAUAUUGGUUGUAUUGGGAAUCCAUAGCGCCUCCAUUAUCAAUUACUUCAAACCCAUUCGUUUAGAGCUCAUUCCCAAACUUUUUUUGUUCAUAUUUCAUGAAUUGCUUCCUCUGUUUGUACAUAAACCCAUAUUGAAUGAGGGGCGAUAAUUGAUUAACUUCAUAUUAUGGUUCUACCGGGAAUCCGUAGAGGCUUCAGCAUCAAUUACUUCAAACCCAUUCUUUUGAAGGCUCGUUACCUACGUUUAUGUUCAUACGUCUUGAAUUGCUUCCACUGUUUGUCUAUGAACCCAUGUUGAAUUAGGGCUGGUAGUUGGUUAGCUUCAUACAUUGGUUGUGUUAGGAAUCCACAGAGUCUCCAUCAUCAAUUAAUUCAAACCCAUUCUUUAGGAGGCUGGGGCUCUUGCGCUGAUUAUCCGGCAACUGGAAACCCUUUCAGGUUUAGGUAUUUGUAAUCUGCCUUGAUUUAUCUCUCAAACGUCUGUUAAAUGGCUGCUGAGGCCCCAACUUCAGUUUCUCGGUAUGAGUUCCAUGUAUUCCUGAGUUUCAGAGGUGAAGAUACCCGGAAAAACUUCACAGACUAUCUCUACACAGCUUUGGUCAAUGCUGGUUUUCGCACUUUUAGGGAUGAUGAUGAAAUUGAGAGAGGUGCGAAUAUUAAGAUUGUCUUAGAGACAGCAAUUCAACAGUCAAUGGGCUCUGUAAUUGUCCUGUCAAGGGACUAUGCUUCUUCGGGGUGGUGCCUCGAUGAACUUGCAAUGAUUGUGCGAUGUAAAAUGACCUCCAACCAUUUGAUUUUACCAGUCUUCUAUAAUGUCAAUCCAUCUGAUGUGAGAGAACAAACCGGGAAUCUCACUGAAUCAUUUGACGAACAUGAACGUCGAGUCAAGGCUGAAACUGAUGAAAGAAAAAGGGAGGAACUGAUGAAGAAGGUGGAGGGUUGGAGAGCAGCACUUCGAGAAGUGGCUAAGCUUGGAGGUCCGGUCCUGGAAUAUCAAUCUGACAGGCAUGAGUCAAAGUUUGUUCAAAUAAUUGUUCAGGAGGUUCUGAGUAAAUGGGAUCUCAGGUUGUUAAAUGUCACCCUUUACCCAACUGGACUAGAAUCUCGCAUUAAAGACAUUAAUGCAUGGUUACAAGAUGGAUUGGAUGACGUUGGCAUAAUGGUGAUCAAUGGGAUGGGUGGAAUAGGGAAGACAACCAUUGCAAAAACUGUUUAUAACCAAAAUUUCUUUAGAUUUGAAGGUAGCAGUUUUCUUGCAAAUAUUAGAGAAACUGCAAAACAGCAUAAUGGUUUGGUUGGUCUGCAGAGACAACUAGUUUCAGAUAUAUUAAAGUGGAAGAAUGAAAGAGUGUACAGUGUUGAUCAGGGAAUCACUCAGAUUAAAGAUGCUAUCUGCCAUAAAAGAGUUCUUGUUAUCCUUGAUGACGUGGAUCAGUUGGACCAAGUAAACUCAUUCUUUGGAAUGCGAGAUUGGUUUUAUCCAGGAACUAAGAUUAUAAUAACUACCAGACAUGAGCAAUUGCUAAAGGCUGAGGAAAUGUGGGCCAUGUACACAGUUAAGGAAUUGAGUGAUGAUGAGGCGCUUUGUCUCUUCAGCUGGCACGCCUUUCAACAAAGUGAACCUAUUGAAGGUUACAUGGAGCUGUCUAAAAGGGUGAUACAUCAUUGUGGUGGUCUUCCAUUAGCUCUGGAAGUCCUGGGCUCCUCUCUGUCCGGUGAAAGUGUUGACAUAUGGGGAAGUGAACUGGCAAAAUUAAGAACACACUUUCCUGAGAAAAUUCAUAAUGUUCUUAAAGCAAGCUAUGAUGCUUUAGAUGACCAUGAGAAGAAUUUAUUCCUUGAUAUUGCUUGUUUCUUUGUUGGAAGAGACAAAGAUUACACGGUUAAGAUACUGGAGGAAUAUGAUUUGUCCUUAAAAGUUGCUAUGCAAAAUCUUAUUGGCCAAGGUCUCAUAAAAAUUAACAAAGAUAACGAGUUAAUGAUGCACCGAAUGCAUAGAGACAUGGGUAGGGAAAUUAUUCGCCUUGAAUCACCAAAGGAACCUGGAAAGCGCAGCAGACUGUGGGAUCAUGGGGAUGCAUUUAAUGUGUUGAGGGAAAAAGCUGGAACAGAAAUGAUUAAAGGUCUUAUCCUCAACUUAGAGGAAAAGAUGGAUAAGAGUGCAAACAAUACAAAAACACCCCAGUUUGAAGGUUUUCCUACCAAAUGGACACGUCUUGGUGUAGGCAAUUCAUUGAAGCGGCAUUGUCAGGGCUUAUUAUCUUGGCUUCCUAUUCUUCCUGCCUCGACUGAAUCACUUUCAGAAAUCCAAACAGAUUUAAGAACUGAUGCAUUUCUACAGAUGCACAAUUUGAAGCUACUAGAACUCAAUAAUGUUAGACUCACUGGAAAUUUUGAAAAUUUCCCCAAGUUAAGAUGGCUGCAUUGGCGUGGAUUCCCGCUAAAAUUUAUACCUAAUGAUUUUCCUUUGGAGUGCCUUGUUGCUCUUGACAUGCGUUAUAGCAGCUUAGAACAAUUUUCGAAGAGACCCAAGUUGCUCGGAUCAUUGAAAAUCCUGGAUCUCAGUUAUUGUUGUGGCCUUACCAACUCCCCUGACUUCUCACAGAUCCCUAACCUUGAGAGGCUGAUUCUUGAAUAUUGCAGAAAUUUGGUUGAGGUUCACGAAUCAAUUGGGGAAUUAGAUAGACUUGUUUUCUUAAAUUUAAAAGGCUGUGAAAAUCUGAGGAAGCUUCCAAAGAAAGUGUUUCAGCUCAAAUCCCUCAAAAAACUCAUUCUGAGUGGUUGCUUGCAGCUAAAGAGGCUGAGCCCUGAUAUGCACAAAAUGGAAUCUCUGAAAGUGCUUCAUGCAGAUGGAAUAAAUUAGUUGCACUCAAUCUCUGAGUAGUUCAAAUCCUUGAAUGAUAAGUCUAGUCUUAGGAAUUAAAGACAAGAGGCCCCAAAUCCAUCUCUUCUUGUUGGCUUCUUCUGUCCACUGGUUACUAAAUAUGCAUCUCACUAGCCCUAGGAUGUUGGUAUAGCCUAUCCUUAUUGCAAGAAUUGAAUCAACAUGUGGGUUCUAUGUUAGUCUACAGGCAGCAUUAAAAAUCUUAUCGACUCCUGGUACUUGAAUUACAUUGCUGUGACAAGCUACAAUCACUUCCAGACUUCAGAUGGGUGUAGAACAGCUCUUUCAAAUGCAUGCAAAGGGGGUCUGAUGGGCAUGGCAUUAAAAAUCUUUCCACAUGCUGUUCUUUAGAUGCCACAAAACUUUCCUGAGUUGAGAACUUAAGAAGGUUGCAUUGGCUGGAUUCCUGGCAACGGUUUUCCUCUUGGGGGUCUUCUUGUUCUGCAUAUGUUCAAUGGCAUCUUGGACAACUUUGGGGGGGAACCCAGGCUUGACGAGUUGCAUCCUAGCCUCUGGCAAGAUGAAAUCUUUGGGAGUGCUUCAUGCAGACGGAAGAAGUGUAGCAUUGUCAAACAGCACAAACCAAACUGAAGAUGCAAAAUCAUUCUGCAGGCUACCGGGGAGUGCCAAAUGUGUAAGAAGGUCAGAAGUGUGACACACUGUUUCAAUUGAUUCCAGAGGCUCGUGCUGAUUUUCUCAGGAGUUGCUUGGCCUGAAUGCAGGCAUAUGGAAAUGGAAACAAAUCGAUUGAACCUCUUAAAUAUGGAUAUGAAUUAUUGUGAGAAAAAAGUCGAGGUAGGGGCAUUAUCCAAGUUUGGAUUGUAGCAGUUGGAAACAUUGAUUCAGUAAGUUAUGAAUAGUUUGAGGUUUUAAUGAGUUGGGUUCCUUGGCAGUUAAAGCUCCUGGCAGUUACUGGUUUUCUCAUGAGAUAAAUCAAAGGCAAUCAGUAAUGCCAAUGGGCUGUUUGUCUGCAGCUGUAGCUUUCGAAGGCAUUUCUUUCUUUCAUUGUUUGUUUUUGUUUUUGGUUGAUUUUUUUUAAUUAUUAUUAUUAUUGUUAUUGUAGUCUGGCUGACAGUUACCAUGAGAAGUAAUGCUUGUAAAUUACAUCCUCAUAAGAUUACUAAUGCUGCCAGGAAUGCUUUGAUAUGAUAUCCAUGAACUUCAUUUUAGGGCUCUAUACUUGAUGUCCAUGAUCUUCAUUUUA